AAAGCCUUCAACAAAACCUACGCUAUGUUGAUUAGGGCUCCCCGAAUAUAUAUAUACGCACAUAUAUUCGCAGCGCAGAUAUCACUGUAAUCUUUCACAAUCUCUGUCUCUCUUACUCUUCCUGUUCUUUCUCUCUGUUAAAGAACAGCGAGGUCUAAUGGCGUUGCCGAAUCAACAGACAGUGGAUUACCCAAGCUUCAAGCUCGUAAUUGUUGGUGAUGGUGGAACUGGAAAAACCACAUUUGUGAAGAGGCAUCUCACUGGUGAAUUCGAGAAGAAAUACGAGCCUACUAUUGGUGUGGAAGUUCAUCCAUUGGAUUUCUUCACCAACUGCGGGAAAAUCAGAUUUUAUUGCUGGGACACAGCUGGUCAGGAGAAAUUUGGUGGCCUCAGGGAUGGAUACUACAUUCAUGGACAAUGUGCAAUCAUUAUGUUUGAUGUAACAGCUCGGUUGACUUACAAGAAUGUUCCAACAUGGCAUCGUGAUCUUUGCCGAGUCUGUGAGAAUAUUCCAAUAGUCCUAUGUGGGAACAAGGUUGAUGUCAAGAACAGGCAGGUGAAAGCUAAGCAGGUUACUUUCCACAGGAAAAAGAACUUGCAGUACUAUGAAAUAUCAGCUAAGAGUAAUUACAACUUUGAGAAGCCUUUCCUGUACCUUGCCAGGAAGCUUGCUGGGGAUCCUAACUUGCACUUUGUUGAGUCUCCUGCGCUUGCUCCACCAGAAGUGCAAAUUGAUUUGGCUGCACAGCAACAACAUGAAGCGGAGCUUGCUGCUGCUGCUAGCCAGCCCCUUCCUGAUGAUGACGAUGAGGCUUUUGACUGAACUGCUGGGAUCUUUUAUAGUCCAUUCCCCUUGUAUCUUGUGAUGGUGUCCCAUUUUUUCUUCUGUUCCUCGUUUCUAAGGAUUUUGUUUGGGACUUCCCUAGUCCUGAAGCAUGAGGUUCUAAUGAAAUAUGUAGGGCUUUGAACUUACGUGGAUGUGGUUUGAUUUGGUUGUGAGAAGAUGAUUAAUCUUCUGAACGUAUGAGGAUCAUUUGUAUGGCUGUAGUCCACAUUUCCAAUUGAGAUAUUUUAUUGUUAUCGUUCUGCUAU